GUGAGCUCUAAGCAGGGUGUGCUGCAGCCACUCCCAGGGCAGCUGUGGUGCUAUCUCCUGCCCUGUGCUCCUGCUGACAACAGGGAGCGAGGUCCACAGGGCAGGGCACUUCCUGCCCAGGCUGCUUCUGCAAGUUUUCACUGUAGAUGCUGGAAGGAGACGGAGGGGCUGGCUCUUCUGGCUGGGAGGUCCUGGUGGGGCCCCAGGGCCAGGGCCUCUGCAGAGGCUGCUGCACUGUGCCAGCUCUGCUGCUCCUCUGGUCUCCUGGGAGCCCACUGCCUCCUUUGGAUGAGGAUUCCUGGGCCCCCAGCAAGGACCUGGAAGCAGGGGUUGUGCGCUGAGAUGUGCAGUCUGCUGGGGUCUCUGUGGCUCUGAAGUUUCUGGAGCUGCUGAAUGUUAGACCCUGCAGGAAGUCACAGCUUUCCCAGCUGGGAAGAAGGAGGAGCAGCUCUGAGGACAUGGAGCACGGCUGCCGCCCCUCUCUGCUCUGCAGUCUCCCCUCCCUGCUUCUCCUCGCCCAGCUGCCCACGUGGGGCUCUGCAGAUGAGUUCCAGGUGAUCAGCUCCUCAGUUCCUGUUGUGGCAGAGUUGGGUGGUGAGGCUACUCUGCCCUGCUCCCUGGUGCCAGCCAUGAACGCAGAGGACAUGGAGCUACGAUGGUUCCAUACCAAGUUCUCAGAGGUGGUGUUCAUCUAUCGGAACCACCGGGAGGAGUACAAGGAGCAGAUGCCCCAGUAUGCAGGGCGGACCUUGCUGGUGAGGGAUUUCUUAACCAUCGGGGAGGCUGCUGUACACAUCCAGCAAGUCCAGGCUUCAGACAAUGGGACGUACACCUGCUUCUUCCAGAAGGGAGGCCACUAUGCAGAGGCCAUUCUAGAACUACAGGUGGCAG